AUGUCCACCAUGACGACCCUCGAGAGGAGCCACUCCUGCACCUCCAGCAACUCACUCUCCAUGUCGAGCCCGCGUCUCUCGGUCCGACGAGAGGUCACACCGCCGGGCUCAGAACUCUCACUCACUCACCUGCACGAUCGAAUCAAUCAACUGGAUUCACGCGUCCUGGAGCUACGCUCGACCGUGUUAACCAAGGAGGGCUACGUCGACCGUCGAAAUCGCGAAGAUGAUCACAUCCGUCGCGAAUUUCAACAUCACCAGGCCAUCUCGCAGCGAAUCGAUCUCAACGUGGUCGCUCUUCGCUCUGAUGUGGAUCAGAUCAGGACGAGUAUCUUCCAGCUCAAGUCGAGCAUCGGUCAAUCGGGCACCGAGACCGUGUACCUUCGGGGUGACGUGGAUCGGUUGCAAAAGACCACCGAUCAACUGCAAGUCGAUAUUGCGGCCAUCAAGAGCGAGGCAUGUGCCACACGGAUUGAUAUCAGCAAGUUGCAGACGGCUUCCAAUCAACUUCGUACCGAUUUGAUGACAUUAGAUCACAAGAUCUCUCAUCAAUACCAUGCCCUCACUUCUCGAAUGAACUCGCUUGAAUCGCAGAUGAAAUACGCGGACCGUGUUCGAUUCAACUCUUUGGCUCACACAGUCCAUGCACCUAUCAACCCCGUUCCGGUGAUCAUGGAUGACGGAACCCUUGAAUGGCCCCAAUAUUUCCCACGAACAGUAUGGAGAUUCUGGUGCCUCAAGAAACGAAGUCGAGUUCAUCGCUUGAUUGAAUUGGCCGAGUUUUACCAGCUGGGUGAUUACCAGGAGUGGGCUCGUAUGCAUCCCUCGGACAUGUAUGCCGACGACAGCGAUUCUAGCAGCUCAAGUGAAGGCUCAAGUAGCAUCACUCGCGCGGAAGCUGUCCGUCGCUACCCCGAGGCUGCACACCAGGCCCUGGCCGCCACUUUGGGUUUGCUAUAUUACAAGAUUCGAAAUGAAGUCGGUGAGGGUCCUCACGGUCCCGUUACCACUCGUCCUCCCAAGCGUCAGCAGGAGGAAGUGGCUUCUACAGGCACCAGCAAUAAGUCCAAACCCGUGAAGAUUCCCCGUCGGCCAAGUGUCUCCGACUCAUUCAUUCAACGUCUGGUCAAUGGCGGACCUUCUGUGGAGUCCAAGUCCUCCACGUCUGAGGAGUUUGACAAGCUGGGGUGGAACCCUUUUGCAGAUGUCUCAGACGAUGCCAUGAGCAAGCUCAGAUCUAUUGAUCCUCAAGACAUCGGCACGGUCUUACGCGCUCUCGAGCAAGGCCGACUCAAGCUGAAGCCCAGUCGGUCAGAAAAACUCAACAUGUCCCCGACGGAAUCAAAGGCAAACCACUCGUUUUCCGGCAAGGCAACAGAGCCUGCCCAGGAAGACGUGUCACCUACUGUCCCAAACACAGUACCCACGCAACCUAUCUCCACUGUGGAAUUUGCAACGGCAGCCGCCUUACCGGAGACCGCCUCUGGUGGAGACAGUUCCACUUCAUGA